CCGGAUUGGUGUAGGGAUUGUGGGUAUGCUGAUGAUGGGUUUAGUGCUUGUCGAUCUUGGCCGGAGCCGAUUUGCCAUUAUGACCAUUGUUCUCCGGGGGGCCAUGGGAAUGAUAUUCCUCGUGGUGAUCAGGGUCAUCGUGAUCAGCGUGAUUAUCAUGGUCAGCUUCAUGGCCAGCAUGAUCACCAUGGCACGCACGGCACGCACGGCAAGCAUGGCAAGCAUGAUCACCAUGGCCAGCAUGACUAGAGGAGUGGGGAGAGAAGAGAGUUUAAGACCUUUCGGAUGUGGUGGAGGGAUGUUAGGGAACAAUGUCGUGUUUUAGUAAGAAGGUAUGUCUGGCGUAUGGAGUUUGAGAUCAAGCUCCCGGUAAUAGGAGACUUGAUGCUUGGGUGGAGUUGAGACUGUUCAGCAAGGAUAUACGAGAGAAUUGUAUUUUGAUCUUCGAUAUCCCCCCAAGAAAGCGCGAGAAA